AUGACUACCAUGAACGAUGUGGCUGAGGCAGUGCGUGAGGCUGCAGUAGCAGCGGCUAGGGCUGUUGAUUGUCUUGGAGUGAGAAACGGGAAUGAGAAUGAGCACGGGGAAGAUAGUACACUCGUUGCGACUAAUGCUGACAACUGGUUUCGAGCUAUUGAACGAUCACUGCGAGCGCAGCAUGUUCCGGAAAGCCAACACGUGGAGUUCGCUACUUAUAUGCUGGAAGGAGAAGCUGAGUAUUGGUGGAAGGGGAUACAACGACUGUUGCAACAAGAUGAAGGCGAUAUUCCUUGGAAUACUUUUAAGGAUGAAUUUUAUAAAAAGUAUUUUCCGAGGGCAGCUCGUGACGCUAAGGGGAUGGAACUUAUGCAGCUGAAACAGGGUAACACAACUGUUGCAGAAUAUGCCCGUAAGUUUGAUGACUUGUGCCGUUUCUCCAGGAUCUGCCAAGGGAAUCCUGCUGACUUUGAAGAAUGGAAGUGUUUGAAGUUCGAAGGGGGCCUUCGUGACGAUCUGAUGAGUUCAGUAGUUCCAUUGGAGAUACGAAAUUUUGCUGAGAUGGUUAAUAAGUGUAAGUUAGUAGAAGAAUGUGCUAAGAAGGAACCCACAACUAUUAAAUCCAGAUAA